GCCGAGGCAACAACUGGUCCUGCCAAACCUCAACAACGUAUCUUCAAAUCCCUAAGGCAGGGAAGCACACACAUUUAAAUGAACUUUCUCCAUCUCGGAUAUAUGCAACCCCACAAAAUCAUCAGACCUCGGUACCGCACCGGGAAUUGUCAGGGUUGGGGCUGCCGGCAGCGCUUGCAGACACAUAGUCCCGUCAGUGUAGCCUUUUCAUUUUAACUGAUUGGAGAGUCCGCCUGCAAUUUGUUGGCUGGAAAUGCUCCGGUUUACUGGAAGGUUAGAGAUUUCGAAAUUUUUCUUCUUCUCUGGAGUUAUGGUCGUAGUGGUGAUGGUGGUUGGGAAGGCAAGGAGUGCUUGGAGCCACACUAGUGCGGUAUUUUGAACUGCUUGGAGAAUUUGGUGAUGGAGGAUAAGGAGUGUCGAGUGACUGAAUGUGAAAAUGGCUGGCCUACUAUAGGGUGUCAGCUUGGGUACUGUGAAAGCUACUAUGGUAUCAUAGGACGUCUGGAAUCCCCCCCCCCCGGAUUAGCGGGGAAAAAACACAGCGAAAAUAUUAUCUUUCCUCCCUCAGCUGGGAUAAAUAAAAAGAAAGAAGAAAUACAUCAGACUUUAGCAUCUAGGAGAGGCAACUCCGACGUUCCUAGCGAGAUUCUAAAUUAUUUCGGCUUUUAUGGCAUUGGGUUUCCGCGUGAAUUUGAAUGGUGGAAUUUUUUUUCCUGCGCCGGCAUCAAGUGAUAGGACUUUCAUGUAGUAGAGCUGCUUCUAAUCAAAGCCCGCGGCGCAGUUUAUAGUAUCACCAUCCAAUUUCCGUGAACCCAACUCAAAUGGAUGAUAGGGGGUGUAGUUUAACUGCAAAAAAGGAUAUC